UUCUUUAACUUUCGAAUUUUAUUUUAAAAUAGGUGCUGUCUCUUAGCCUUCUGAUAAUGACCCUGAUUCAGGUUUGCACAAAUAUUUAUUUGAUAACAUCGGAUGUCAGCGUACCGCCUUCCUCGUUUGUGGCUUCAUCUUUUAAAUUUCUUCUUUUCGCCUUCACCAUAAUACUUAUGCUUCGACACCGGAAAUGCGGAAUAGCUACUUCCUCUGCACUUACAGUUUUCUGGCUUGUAUUCUCCAUAUGUGGCAUUAUUUUACAACGAUCAACAAUAUUAAAUUAUUUUAAGCUGGAAAAAAAGCCAUCGUCAGAAAUCAUUUUCAUUGUCAACAUGAUGUAUUCUCCAUUGGUAUAUAUUCAAUUCUUUUUAGCGAAUUUUGUGGAUAAGAGAAACUUCGAUUCUCUAGAG